CGUGGAUCUGUCGCCUAGCCGGCGUGAGGAGUAGCUGGUUAGCUAACUAGCUAGAUGGUGCUUCGCUUUUGCGGUACGCGGAACAGAGAUCGGAGAAGCCAAUAGUUAACGUUCAGAUAGUUAGUUAGUUAGAGUAGAUUCUGUGAGUUGCCAACAUGGCGCUGUACGAAUAUGUCACUCGGGACCAACUGUCGGGCUUCGACAAGUACAAGUACAGUGCAGUGGAUUCCAACCCCCUGUCAGUCUACGUCAUGCACCCCUUCUGGAACUCUGUCGUCAAGGUGAUGCCCAGAUGGUUAGCUCCUAACCUCAUCACCUUCACUGGUUUCAUGUUCCUGGUCUUCAACUUCCUCAUGCUGUCCUUCUACGACUACCACUUUGAUGCAUCCGCUGAAGGAUACACUCAUGUGCCAAGCUGGGUUUGGGUCGCUGCAGGACUUUUCAACUUCCUGGCGUAUACACUGGACGGUGUGGAUGGUAAGCAGGCGAGGCGUACUAACUCCUCCACACCACUGGGGGAGCUGUUUGACCAUGGCCUGGACAGCUGGGCCUGUGUGUUCUUCGUGGCCACCGUCUACUCCAUAUUUGGGCGUGGCCCGAGCGGUGUGGGCGUGGCCACGUUGUACUACAUCCUGUGGGUGGUCCUUUUCUCAUUCAUCCUGUCUCACUGGGAGAAAUACAACACAGGAAUCCUCUUCCUGCCCUGGGGCUAUGACAUCAGCCAAGUGACCAUCUCUAUAGUGUACAUCUUCACAGCGAUGGUUGGCGUGGAGACGUGGUAUGAACCAAUCUGGUGGAACUUCCACUACCGAGACCUCUUCACUUUCAUGAUCCUCGGUUGUUCGUUCACUGUGACCCUUCCCAUGAGCCUCUACAACGUCUUCAAGGCGUCUCGUAAUAACACUCUGAAACACAGCAGUAUGUACGAGGCCUUCCUCCCCUUCCUCUCUCCUGUCCUCCUCUGCCUCCUCUCCUCUGUCUGGGUGAUUUUCUCUCCAUCCGGCAUCCUCCAGCAGCAGCCCAGAGUCUUCUACCUCAUGGUGGGGACAGCCUUCGCUAAUGUCACAUGUAAGCUGAUCGUGUGCCAGAUGAGUAACACCCGUUGCCAACCGCUGAGCUGGCUGCUGGUUCCCAUGGCGACGGUGGUGUUGUUGGCGGUUACAGGGCUGGUUGCUAACGAGACGCUGUUGAUCUACGUGUGGACGGCCAUCGUCAUACUCACACACAUACACUACGGCGUGUCAGUGGUGAACCAGCUCAGCGAUCACUUCAACAUCUUUGCCUUCUCUCUGAUGAAGCCCAGCACUGACUGACAGGACCAGGGGCAAAUCGGCUUGCAGGGAGCAGAGGUUUAGACCCUCCUACCUCCCUCUGCAGCCAACCGACACUUCACUCUCAUUACCAUGGAAACACACCACUCCCCCCACGAGGAUUCUACCACCCAUCUGAUCUCUGACCCUCCGCCCUGGCACACACACACACCCCCCACCCCCUUCCUGCGCAGUGUCAGUUUGGGGGCUUCCCUCAGAACUUUGGGGGCGGCAUCCCGGGGCUCUUGGUUCCUUGGCUGCUGAUAGGUUGAGCUGAUGAGCCAAUGAGAUGUUGUUUCCUACGGAAAUAUUCUUUAGCCGGGAGGACAGGAGCCCAGACCACACACACACUGCUUACAGACACACUUAGACACACUUACACAAACGCCACAGUUGUUCCUUUAAACACACACACACACUCUUAUGAAUGUUCAGUAUGUUAUUGCCUUGGGGAAAUGUCAUUUCAGUUAGUUAGUUUGACAGACAGGUCUGACCCACCCCUGACCUCUCGUUUGACAGACAGGUCUGACCCACCCCUGACCUCUAGUUUGACAGACAGCUCUGCUCCACUCCUGACCUCUAACCCCUGACCUCAUCUGAAUCGUGCGGUCGGUCCGUCAGUUGGUGUGUCAUGGUUCUAUCAAGGGUAUGAAGGCGGAGUCUCAGCUGUCUUCUGAUUGGAGUGUUGAGGGGAAGUGAAACUGUCUGUCUUUAUAUGGCAACAUGAUUAUUAAAAUGGGGUUUUGUUUUUUUAUUUAGAGAAAGAACUGAACAAAGAGAAUAUUAUUAUGAUCUAAAAAUACUCCGCUAAUUCAGCUGAGGUGUGUGUGAAACAUGCUCUCACACACGUGCGCACUACACACAUGCUUGGUGAUGACAGUUGGUAGUCUGAGUUAACUGUGAGGCCAGUUCUGACCAAUCAGGGCCCUUUGGGGGGUGAGACAGAGGGUGGAAACACUCAAUCAUGGACCUCGCUCAGCGCUGACCCCAGGAUGACCCCUGAGCUGUGAACUGUAGUGACCUCUGUAGUCUGAACUCUGACCUCCAGAAUCCUCCCACACCUGAGGUGUCGUCGUGGCAAAAGGCCGAUUCGUGCUCGAGUUCUUUUUUUUUUUUUUGAAUUAUUUUUCAUUUGAUUUCCUCUCUGUUAAUCUCUCAUAGCUGGGGUGUUUGUGUGUGUGUGUGUGUGUGUUGGUAGCAGCAGCGCUUGAAUGAAGAGUGUGUCUGAAAACCGCCAGCGGAGCGACUCACUCUGAGGGAACAGGCUGCCAUGACCACAACCCCAUGAGAUAUACCUGUCACUGUCUGUACUGUCACACCUGUAUUACUGUAACACCUGGUAUACACCUGUAACACUGUC